AUGGACCUGUCACGUGCAGAAGUACGUGCCCUGUGCUUGUUUCCUGACGGACCACGCACUGUAACGAAAGGAGUAAAGAACGCGACUAGCGACCCACUGGGCCGCUCCAAAAAAAGAAAAAUUUCUUGGGACGCACAGCAGCUUCCGGUUUUCUUCCUCUUCCUUUCCAAGUGGGGUGAGGGAGUGCAGUGCACUGAUGCUGCGUUAGUCACGGCUCUGCUAGUCCAACUUUCUUCCUGCCUUCCAGAACCUUUUACUUACAGAAGGGGCGUUCCAGCAUGGCGGAAGACAGUCCGGCUGCGCGUAUGCGAGCCUUGAUGAGCAGAUUUGAGGAGAAAAAGGAAGAACCAGCUCCUCCACCCAAAGAGCGAUUCCAGAGCACCUUGGACGCGCCGCGUCCCGAAUUGAAUACAGAGGCAAAAUCUGCAAGAGUGCGAAGUGUAACCCGUGUUGCGGCACAAGUUGCCGACGACCCGAAGGCGCGACGGUCCGUGCCUCAAAUCGUGGCAGGAGACACCGACGAGGAGCGCGAGCUGAAACGCAAAAUUCAAGCAAAGGAACAAGAAAUCAUGAACAUGGCCGGGAAGCUCACUAGCAUUGCUGAGCGCCUCGACAGUGUCGUCGAGACUUUUCAUGCCUCAAUCGUCGAAACUUCCGAGGAAGCUACCCCUGUUCCAGUCUCAAGUGCUUCGAGGGCAACGGCUUUCGAUGAGACUGCGGAGAAGAAGGCUCAGGAGGCACAGGAGGCGUCUAACACGAAGACUACUAGUUCUUCUCCCGGUGCAACGUCGCUGGAAGCCAUACUGGCGGCUGCUCGUGCGGGUGGAGGGAAAACUCGCGUUAAGAGCGAAACACCAAAGUAUUCCAAACUUUUGCGAGACUUGAAGUAGAUGCCGAUGUAGUAGCUUCACGUCAACUUUCAACAUGAUACCAAAGCUUAACUUGCGCUCAUUUGCUUUCGAAAUCGAUACCUUUAAGUCGAAACUCUUGCGGAUAUGGAGGUACCCGGAGCCCCAAAUGGUCGAAAUACUAUCGAUGCAGUGCCAUCUCGUAUUGUCUUACGAGGUUGUAAAGGGAAGUGGCAAGUGAUUUGU